AUUAUAUAAUUAUCAAUGUAUUCAUAUUCUGUAUCUAUUUCUGCUCAUUAUGACUCUCACUGUGAUCUUCCCUGUCAUGAAUAAGCAAGGUUGACCUCUUCUCCAAUAUGUCACGCGUCAGAGUCACUUUAGGAAAUGACCACUAAUGUCUAAUUAUAACACGGUUGGGACAAUCUAAUGAAAAAGCAAAAGAGAGAUUCUAUUCUUCUUGUUUGUUUGAGUUGAGAGGUAGAGAAAAUGGUCUGCAGUGUUCGUAGAGUUCUUAUCCUUCUUAUCUGUAUUUGGCUAUUAACAGUUGAACCAAAUCAAGUUUCUGGUCUGAGAAGUAAGGACCUUGUGUUCAGGCAUCGCCACAAAGGAAAUGGAAUAUCUCCCCAGAAUCAACGAAUUCUUAAGGCGGUUGACAUGGAAGGAAUGAGCACACAGCGAAAAUCAGCGCCUGUAAACAACAAAUUUGAUCCAAAUCAAUCAAGCAAAAGAAAAGUACGAAGAGGAUCGGAUCCCAUCCACAACAGGUCUUGAUACAUUCAAGUGGUUUGUUCAACGAGGAAGAUGAAUGAAAAAGUAAGUUAGCAUUUGACAAAAUACUUCCUAUAAUGCAGACAACUAGGUGGGAAAAAUCUCACUCUCUAAAGUAACUUAUAUGAGGGUCGGUUGAUUGGUUUUGCCUCUAUUUUGUUUCAAGAGUUUUGUUUUAAAGAUAUGUGCAUAGUGAAGCUACUAAAGGAUAGUCCUUGUGGAACCACAAAGCCAAUAUCAUCUUGUAAACUGACAUCUUUAUGGAUGACCAAGCAGAGAAGCCCAGUAUGAUGUUAGGCAUUCCCAAAAGAGUAUAACAAUUGUAGCUGUUUUUUGUUUAAUUUUUCCUUGAGGCCAAAAUAUAUUCCUGCAUGCGCA